AUGAGCCACGCUCUUCUUCUCCGUCUCUUCCUCUCCCCGUCAUUUUUCAACGUACACGUCGCACUCCAGUACCUCAGGACUUAUGGCGACCAUGUCGGCAUUACACACUAUCUCACCGGAAGGCUCAAGGGAAUGGAUCCAGUGGAAGUGGAAGGUCUUUGGGGAUUGGUUUGCCAUUUGCUUGUGACACGGCCAUCGAAAUCUGCUGCACUCGAAUGCUUCGUACUCGAGAGGGCUGAAGAGUCCACGCAUAUAGCUCUACUAACUCUAUGGUUCAUGCAAGCUGCGCUGUCCGACCUCUCAAAGGCGAAGCGCGAGACGCUCUCCUUCUACAUCUGCCAACGGGUCCUCAACCGGCUACACCACAUCAUUUUCGACCCGCCCAUAGACCCCGACACGCCUUAUGGCUCAGUGAUAGAAGUAUCCCGGAAAGAGAAGGUGAAGCCUCGCAUGGGACCGGCGCUGGUGGGGAUUGGUACUGCUCUGGGCGCGUUUGCCCUCCCGCAGCUUGGGGUCGUUGGGGAUUGGGCGGUGAAGCAGGGUCGGGCAGAGGAAGGGAUGCCGAAAAGAAUAAAACUUCCAGGGGAGGAUGUCGAGAGCCCGAACACGCCCGUGCCACCGGUACUGUACGAACAAGGGGACGACCUGGUCGAAGAGGACGACGAGGCCGAGUCUGCCAUGGAGACCAAGCCACGUGCCGAAUCACCACUCACGUCUAGAUCCGAAAUGCCGUCGCGCCGUGUUUCGAUCUACGAUGCCGACCCCACAGGCACGCGCAACCUCAGCACUGUAUCGCUCCAAUCCCCGCAUACAGCGCCUAUUCCCGGUGCAAGGAAAGUUUCCGGUCCUCACGCGACUUCCCCCUCUCUUCCGUUCGCAUUCCCAGCCCGUAUGCCGGAGGUAGAAGACCCGUUCGGACAAUUGGAUUCGGAGACUUCGGGAAAGAACGGCUGGUUCCCGUCGCAUGUCGACAGACAGCACUCGCGAUUUCAGAGCAGUCCGAGCAUCUCUACUUUCAACAGACAGAGCACAGAUAUUCAGCUGUUGGCACGAUACCCGCUCCGAGCGCAGACUGUACUCCUGAAAGCCCAUUACUUCAAGUGCCAGACGAGGUUCUUGUUGUCACUGGAAUCGAUCUCAAACAGGCUGCUGGUUGUACCCAAACCGGCAAGAGUGAGUGCUCUGAGGGCAGAGCUGACAAGCUUGAAUCAUCAGCUUCCGUCGGAGAUGUGCCUACCAAUGUGGUGCCCGUCUACCGACUCGGACAAGUGCCAUGCCCAUCAUCGGAUCGUCCGAAUACCCGCUGGCGAAUGUGUGGUACUGAAUUCUGCCGAGAGAGCUCCAUACCUGCUUUUCCUCGAAAUUCUUCAGGGCGAUCUCGAUUUCGACCCAUCCAAACGCGCAAAUAAGGAGAUCGUCAAAAAAGUGCUAAAAGAACAGCGGCAGUAUCAAGUGAAUGGUCAUACUCUGAAUGUCAGCGAUGAGGGAGACGCCAAGAAGCAGGGUAUCAAGUCGCCGACCGGAUUCCAACCAGCCGAUUUUGGUCAAGAAAUCAGCCCCGAGGCGGGUAGCCUCCUUCCUCCUCCUGCCCUUUCAACGAUCCCACCCACACCUGACGGCUCAAGCCGCAAUUCUAUGACUGCGGAGGACAGUCCCGUAGAAGACGAGGAAGAGAUGGAUCUCGUUGAGCAGGUGUACGGCUCCGAUAUCCAACUGCAUCCCGAUGAAAUUGAUCUGACGGACUCGAUCGCUCUCCCCACCCCACCAAAAAACAAGGCCCUCGAUAUCGCUACUUGGUCACGUUCAAAUCCGGCUUCCCCACGACCGGAUACUAGCGUUCACAGCACACCUCGGCGACACUCUUCGAUCGCUGGUCCUCGACGAAUAUCGUCCUCGCCAGUUCCUUCAUCGACUCCCCCACGAGAAGGACAAAUUACUCCCGGCGGACACCUGCCCGUAUUAUCUCUGGAAGACUACUCUGAGCGGAUGCGAACAGCUGCUAUCAUGCUCGCUCAGCUGAACGCCAGCAUGACCUCAGUGACCCCUCCUUCACCCGAGCAGCACCCAACUCUAGUCGGAGGCGUGCUUAGCUGGAUCCCUGGGACUUCACGCCCACAGCCCUCGCGCAAGCAAUCUCUGAACGGAUACCUGCCUGAUGGUUCUCCAGCGCCUCACAGUGUUGCCGUCCGGCUGCGAUUGAACCACGGUGAAGCGUCUGCGAUCAAGGAUAGGAUCAUGAAGGAGAUGAUGUCCCUUGAAGAGGAGCGGAUGCAGCGGAUGAGUGAGGCGGAAGGCGAGGACGUCGGCCUGGGCAUGUCGGGAUCGGCUAAUCGGAAGACUGCGGAGGACGAGACGAUCGUGAGACGAGAGCUGAACAAGUCGGACCCGUCUGCCCCGGUGUUCAAGGAAGCUUGGGCUACGAAGAAGGCUCGCAUACGGAGUAACUCACCUUAUGGUCAUCUGGCAUCUUGGGAUUGCAUCUCUAUGAUCGUCAAAACCGGCGCUGACCUUCGACAAGAGCAACUGGCCACACAAUUGAUUAGAGAGUUCGAGCGUAUCUGGAAGGAGGAAAAUUGUCAUUGCUUCUGCCGUCCUUUCCGUAUCCUAAUCACCGGUGUUUCUUCUGGUCUGGUUGAGACAGUGACUGACGCGGUGUCCAUUCAUUCGAUAAAAAAGGCGGAAUAUGCCAAGCGGUUGGCCGAGGGCAGGUUUGGGAACGUGUCAUUGAUGGAUCAUUUUGUCAACACAUAUGGAGAUGCGUCAACUGCUCGAUUUGUUCGAGCACAGCGGAAUUUCGUACGAUCGUUGGCAGGGUACUCCGUCAUCACCUACCUCCUGCAAAUCAAAGAUCGGCACAAUGGCAACAUUCUUCUGGACAGGGAUGGUCACCUCAUUCACAUAGACUUUGGUUUCAUGCUGUCCAAUUCCCCAGGGGGCAAUAUGGGUUUCGAAGCUGCACCAUUCAAGCUGCCUAUGGAAUACAUAGACAUUCUGGGUGGAAUCGAAAGCAAAGCGUUCACCGAGUUCAAGACGCUUUUCACGGAAGGUUUCGAGGCAGCAAGGAAACAUUGUGACCGCAUCAUCACUGUUGUGGAGCUUAUGCAGAAAGAUUCGGCCUUGCCCUGCUUCACUUUAUUAGGCGAACAGACCGCGAAUGCGCUGCGUGACCGAUUCCAGCCAGGACUGACUCAGUCGAUCUUUCAUGACUAUCUGGAGAAGCUUAUUAUCAGCUCGGUUGGGAAUACAUGGACCAGGCUAUACGACUCCUAUCAAUACUAUUCUCAAUCAAUACUAUGA